AUGGGGAGUUACCUGGGCCGGGCGCGCCCUCGCCCGCCGUCCCCCUCUGUGCGCGUUGGGGAUCAGCGGGAGAGACCCCAGCGCCUCCGGCCCGCGCACCCCGCCCGCGACGUUCCCCCAGUUUUCCAGGUUCACUCGGCGGCCCAUUCCCUGGAGCUGACUCGGAAGCGCUCCUCUGAGAAUCGCGUGGCUUCACCGUUUCGUCGUGAGCAGCGCGGGCGGCUGACCGUAGUUCAUAGGCGGCGAUGUCCGAUCCAGAAGGCCUGGUGUUUAUUUCUGGGGGCGUUUUCCUCAGUGUCCUGUAGUGGCUAUAAGAAGCAGCCGGUGCUGUUUGCUUCAAGCUCCAGGAUGCUCCGCACCUCAGUGAUGCUGAAGAUGGCAUCUGCUAAGGGCAAGCUGAUGUUCCGGCUGGCUCUGGAGGAGUCAGUCGUGUAUAUACGGUCUUCAUUGGCUGGCCAUCUCUCAAACUCUAAUGCAAAGAAGACCUUGAUGAGGGCCCUAGAAAAGAGUUGUCAAGUGAGAGCCAAGGAGGAGAAAGACCUGACCACCCUGGAAGAGAGUGGGGAAGGGCUGGCAAAGCUCAAGGAGGGCUGCACAGUCCCCCCAAGUCAGGACGACCAGAGGAGGGACUCCAGUGGCUGUGGGAGUGCACAAUCUGCGUUUAGGCGCCUGAUGGUCAAUGGAGUGCUCUCUUCCUUCGUGCCCAGGCCUGGGCCUUUGAAGACAGACUUCGGUAACAAGAGUUCAGUGAAUAGCCAGAUAACAAAAUCCCAGACCUCCUUCAUGAGCUCAUGCAGCAAACGAAAUGCCAUCACCAGUUCCUACAGUUCCACUAAGGGUUUCCCAUCACCCCAGAAGAGAAAUGGUCCAGGCACCACUGGGCUCCACGGCCUAGCCCCAUCCCAUUCUCAGGUGCCUGGAAAGAAAGCCAGUGAGGAAGACCAGCAGGCUAGCUCUUCAGCAUCAGUGGUACCACAGAGGACAAUCAAGCAUGAAAAGGUUGUAGAUGCUUCCUCAGGGCAGAAACGAAGCCUGAGGAAUCAGUCACCCAUACCUGACAGUUCUAGGCCCCAGAAACGCAAGAGUUGUCUGCUGCUGCCCUGCAGAAGAAAUAACCCAUUGAUCCUGCCCCCAGCAACCCAGCUAGGAUAUCAAGUCACUGCUGAAGACCUGGACUUAGAGAAGAGAGCUGCGAUCCAGUGGAUCAACAAGGUCUUGAAGGGUAAGACCAUCUCCGAUUGUAGCACUUUCUGUUCUUCCUGCGGCAGUGCUUGA